AUGAAAUUUAAUGAUUUAAAUGAACAACUAAAACAAUUUCGUAGUGAAAAUGAAUUUAAUGAGAUUAAUUUAAACUAUUUAAGAAAUGAAUUAAUGAAAAUUAGACAAGAACUAAAUAAUCCAUCAAAGACUUAUAUUCAACAAGAUUCUCAAUCAUUUAUUAAUGAAAUUUCAAUUAUUUCAAUGGAAAAAAAACCAAAAUGGGAUAAAUGGAAACAAAAUGCGAUCACCGUGGCUGGUGGAAAUGGAAAAGGACAAGAAUUAAAUCAACUCAAUCUUCCUGCAGGAAUCUUUAUUGAUAAAAAGAAAAAUGUUUUCAUCGCUGAUAAUGAUAAUAAUCGUAUUGUUGAAUGGAAAUACAAUGCAAAGGAAGGACAAAUCAUUGAAAGUAUAAAUAAACAAGGAAAUAGAAUGAAUCAAUUGGAUCGACCAACAGAUGUGAUUGGUGAUCAACAAAAUCAAUCCAUCAUCAUUGCUGAUCAUAAUAACAGACGAGUAAUUCAAUGGUCGAAUCAAAAUCAACAAACUCUCAUUCAAAAUAUUCACUGUUAUGGCCUAGCAAUGGAUAAACAUGGAUCUCUUUAUGUGUCUAAUUGGAAGAAGGAUGAAGUUAGACGAUGGAAAAUAGGUGAAUACAACAACGAAGGAAUUAUAGUAGCAGGUGGAAAUAGGCAAGGAAAUGAACUCACUCAACUCAACUAUCCUACUUUUAUCUUUG